UCUUGGUGGCGAUCCAAAGCUCGGCUGGAAAUUAAUCUCGCAGCGAGCAAUCACUUUCGCAGACACAGCAGCUCGGCAGCUCGGCAGCAGAUCAAAUAGCUGAUCGCUGUUCCAUUGCAGAAUUCAUUUGGUUUGAGCUUUCUAGUAGACAGUGGGACGGACAUGGGCACGUGUUCGCGCGUUCCUAGCGUUCAUGGACCCUCGAAACAACGCGUCCUGGCGCCUACACGUCAUAUCGGCACCCUUGUGCCCACGAACCUACAUGCAACAGACUCGCCCCUGGGCUGUCUCUUCAUUUCAAUACCAUCCAUAAUUCGUACACCACAAAUCAUCGCUAGACGAUCACAGCCAUGCCCUCCGACUUCAUCUCCAAGUUCAACGCGCAGGCGUUCACAGGUCCAUACGAAUACCUGUGCGUAGACCCGCCUGAGUGGGCCGAUGAAGACGAUGAGGACAACGAAGAUGAAGACAGCGGAAUCGAAUCAGACGGCUCCGAUUCCGAAGAAGACUUCUUCAAAGAACCAGCUGCAGAUCACCCGACUCACAAGUGGAUUCUCAUGCGUGAAGGCCUCGAUUUACUGGUCCAAAACUGCCACGAGGCGAUGCAACGCAAUCCCGAUAAUUACGGAAUGCACGUCUUUUCAGACUACUGGGCAUAUGCCAUAAUUGACCUCAUCGAAACACUUUGCAAAUCCGCCGACACCGCGUUGAAAGCCAGACCUGCACCAGGCUUGGGCUGUUGUUGCUGCACUUGGGCAUUUUCUCAACCACAGAAGCCAACAGCACAUGUGGCUCUGCGCCGAUGAUGGCGACCGAGUGCAACUUCUGUCUGACUUGGUCGGUCGCACGAUCCUUACCGCGCUCGAUGCCGUGCAGCAGGUCGGUCAAUUGAAGAAAGACUCGGUGUUUAAAGACCUUGGUGUGGUGAUGGCAUCAUUCUUCAGUGCACCUUCAGCAGAGUGGGCCGACAUCGAACUCGUCCUUGACGAUGUAUCUGAGACGAACUGGCGAGAAGCCAUUGUGGCGUACGCACUGAAAGCCGACAUUGACUUACAUCAUGUCGGAGUCGCGGAUGUCGAAGGGACAUUGGGUAAGGAACUUCCGAGACCAAUUGAAGACAACAACA